AUGGACGGGGUGGACGAAGAGCGGGCGCCCGAAGGGUUGGAGCGGAAGGAUGAGGAGGAGGAUGCAUCACUGAAUAGUAAGCACUUCGUAGUACAUGCUGAUGCUGUUGGUGGGCAUGGUACAGGGAGCAGUAUGCUAUCUGUGUUCCAAAGCACAGCUAUAAAGGAAGUUGAGGAUACCCUGGGAACAGAAGAUGGGAUCAGCCUUAUAAAGAAGGUGGAAGAUGGAAGAUACUGCACCCUGCAGGCAACUGGGUCAGUUUCCCAAGAGUCAGCGGCCCUUGAUGGCCAGCUUGACAUUGCCUCAGUAUGUGGGAGGCUGUCAAAUUUCCUCGGUGAUACAAAGGCUGUGCCCCCACUUUCUGUGGCUGAAUUUGCACAGGAACCCACAGCACAAUCAGGGUCCCCUGAGCAGUGUCAGAGCUACUGCUCUGAUGGGAUUGAAAAGGAGGCAAAGAAGAAGAAAAGUAACAGAAGCGGGAUGUGCUCCGAUAAAGCACCUGGUGGAAUCCCUGGAGACCUCUGCAGGCAGGAUGUGUGUGGCCCAGCUACUCGCCGAUCAUCCAAAUGUACUUCAGCCAGCAUUGCAGCUCAGCAAUCCUACAAUGUGUCUUUGGUCCUGGAAUAUGGAAGUAGCCAUGAUGGGACCAAGGGAAAAAAAGAGUUACCUGAGAAUCCAGCAAUUCUGCCACCAGUCAAGAAGAAGUUACGCACCUUCUAUAACGCAGAGCAGUUAGAAGAGUUGGAGAAGAUGUUCCACGAAGACCACUACCCCGACAAUGAGAAGAGGAAGGAGAUUGCAGCUGUGGUUGGUGUAACACCACAGCGUAUCAUGGUCUGGUUUCAGAAUCGCAGAGCAAAGUGGCGGAAAUCAGAGAAGUUGAGUGUGAAAAGCAACAAAAAACAUCCAACAUCCUCAGCUCUGUAAGUCCCCCUUGGGUCAGACGGUUAUGGGGCACCUCUUCUGCCCAUGCCUCCAUUGCCUGACAUUGCUCAUGACCAAUCUGCCGUGCUGGGUGUUGACGCUACAGGUCGGAACUACUCCAGCUUGCUCAGUGGACAUCCUGCACCACUUGCCUCCUCCUCAGUCUCAUCAGUGGCAGGAAUGGUGACAUCUUGUGAAGCAAUUCAGACAAAGGCAUUGCCACAGCUCAACUUCAGUUCCAGCAGAAUGGAGUGCUUCCCUAGUCUUCCCAGCCCUCCACCCAUCCGCAGGGCCAGCCUGCCUCUCAGUCUGUCCUUCAACUCGCACAGUCACAUUGUUCCCUUGAUGCUGGACACUCCCAACAGUGAAUGCUGCUUUUCCAGUCAGGAAAAUGGCUCCAGGGAGGCCUUCACUUACAGCAUCCAGAAUGAAGGCUUGACUUCACCAGUUCCCUGCAAUUAUCCUGAGGAGCUGGAGUCUGCAGACAACCUAGAGAACACAUACUGUCCAUACAGCAGCCAGGAUGGAAUUUACCAGCUGCCCCAAUAUCCCCAGCAGCACCAGCUCUCCCAGUUCCACCAUCUGCCAGCUCACCUGGCCAGCAACGUGCUUUCCAGUGUCCACCUCAGUCCUACAACAGCCACUGAGUCCCAUACAGCUUUCCUUGCCUUACCUGGUAACAGUGGAGUUGUAACCCAUGAGGCAUCAGGAGCGACACAAGCAUACGUACAAAGUCACACUGGGGGACAGCUCUUGUUACAGCAGCCAAGCGGAAACUCCGCAGGCGUCCCCACCUAUCCAGCUGUCCCCUGGAAUGAUUUCUACAUGCAGGGAGGUCCAUUCUCAAAUCAGUUUUGCUCACGAAUGCUAUCUUCUAGCACAGCAGGACAGUACUUCACCGAGCAGAUUUCCUAUGCUCAGCCAUCUUGCCUGCCCUCCUCCCCCUGUUUUCAAGUGCCCAAUGGAACAACACUGGGAUCCAUGCCACAUGCUGAAAAACAAAAGGCAGCGACACCACCAGACCAGAGUUCAUACCAGAACCACCAAACAGAGCCAGAGAUGACAUCUCUUCCUGAAAGAGAAGAAGUAGAGAGUAGCAGCAAGAAAGAAGAGACUGCUGUUGAAAUUAAAGAAGAAACUAAUGACUGACGCUGCACUGUGAGGGGGGAAAAAAGAAAAGGAAGAGGAAACGUUGCCAUUUUUUAAACUCUGCAAAACAAGAGUCAAAAAAGAAAAAAAAAAAAAGAUGAGAAUAACAGAACUGCAACAGAAGCAACAUUUUGUUUCUUUUUGGGGGUUGUGGUUUUUUUUUUCUCUUGUUGCCAUGAUUAUUUUCCUGCUGAGGAAAGAAGCAGGGAAAUUUCAGCCAAUAAAGGCUUCUGGCCUGUGUUUUUUUGCAAACCUCCUGACUUUAUUAUUCUUAAUGAAUGAAUUCUAAUCUUGAGAAGCACAGAGACAAGAAAAAGCUGAUACAGGCACCAC